UACAACAUCAACUGGUCCUAUGUACUCUGUGAAUAUCUGGAACCGCGAUAUACGGUAGCCGGAGUGGAUACACGACAUGUGCGCCAGUCAAAGAGUGAGCAAGUGCUGUUCAAAUCAACGUUCACAAACAGUACCGAAAGGGCGCAAGAAUACUCGUUCAAAACACAUCGCUCGACGCGCAGUAUCGCCACCAUCUGUAUCGAGAAGGGGGUAUGUCGUGGGAUGGACAUGCAGCUAAAGCUGAAAACUCCUUGUGAAAUUGUGGAAGCAAACGCUGGCUUCCACAACGAGAUCAGCGUAAUGCAUAUUGGGGAAAACACCGUUGAAGAGGAGCUCUCUUGGGGUGUCGAUAGCACGAUAAAUGUACCUCCAUUUUGUGAAACUGUCGCUGAAUUGAUCAUUCUUGAAGACCAUCAGACAAGGUUACACUUUUGUUUUCAUUUUUGA